AUGUAUACUAGCCAGCUGGUCACCAAGAGGAGAAACAUGCAGAUGGAGAAGCAGCAUGUCCUUCACAAAGACUCCAAGACUGUAAUGAGCUCUACUCAGUCUCCAACCAAAGACUGUAGGAGAUCUUAACCAUCUAUCUACUACCUUUCUGUUUUGUUGGCGACUUGACGGGUUGGACAAGCCAUCCCACAUCCAGCUGGUAGGACAUUGGACAAGUUGGUGAAAGGAGAUUUGACUCCCUUUGACAAGACUGAAGCGCAGCAAAUGUAGGUGAGAGUUGACUACUGGAAACUGCCCAUUGGAGUAUGCACUAUGGAUCUUUCCAGGUGCUUAUGCGUGUUGAGCUUACUUUUCUUCGUGCAUCCUUCUCAAGGUAAAGUCUUGUGAAAUUCUACCUUCUUUAAUUGAUGUUGUCUCUGAGUUUCAGUUUAUAGGCUGAUCAUUGACAUGCUUGUUAGACUUGACUUUACAGUUUCCUAUAUAUUAUACAUUGUUUAGAUUAUGUAAUGAUAAAACAUGAAUUUUAUGUUACAGAUGCAUAUGUUUGUAAUGUAAUCAAUAACAAAUGUAAUAUCAAAUAUUCUCAAAUAUAUCAACUCCACACAAUAUCAAUUGUUUAUCACAAUGAUUUUCAAUGACACAUUUUCAUUGUGGAUCAGGUUGAUUUGAAGCCUGCUUUUGAGAGAAGGAUUCUCUGUUGUGCUUGUUGUUUGGAUUUAGUUGUGAGAGAGUUGGAAUAUGCAUCACAGGAGGUUGGUGUCACCUUAAUUGGGGAGGACGGGCUUGUGGUAAUGGCUGGUUUCCAUGUGUUUGAUACCAUUCCAUUAGCGCCGUUCCAGCCAUUAUUAUGAGCCAUCCUCCCCGCAGCAGCCUCCUGUGCUGUGCAUACACUUUUGUCUAAUGAAAACAUUUUCAUCAUAAGAGAACAGAUUUAGGUCCAUUUAAUAUUAACAUAAGCCAAAAGAAACCACUUAUUUUAUAUGUGUCACUGGACAGCACAAAUUUAUUUUAGAGGAGAGACCCAUACCAGUCUUUAACAGUCACAUUUAGAUAUACAGUAGUUUUUCAUGUAGUUGUGUCAGUAAAAAAAUUUAAUAUGUUUUACAGUAAACAGAUUUCAUUCACAAUGAAACAGUGUGGAUGAUGAUAAUAGUUUAAGACCAAUUAUAAACUGGGUGGUUCAAGCCCUGAAUGCUGAUUGGCUGACAGCCGUGGUAUACCACGGGUUUGACAAAACAUGUAUUUUUACUGCUCUAAUUACGUUGGUAACCAGUUUAUAAAAGCAAUAAGAAACCUCAGGGGUUUGUGAUAUAUGACCAAUAUACCAUGGCUUAGGGCUGUUCUUAGGGCCUUAUUGCUUGAAUGUUGCCUUUGGGUGUGGCUGAAAUAGCUGACUCCACUAAUUUGAAGGGGUGUCCGCGUACUUUUGUAUAUGUGGAUAGAGACCACUGUAAAGAACAGUCUAUCAAGAUCCAAAAUAAGACCGAUAUAGACACCUACCAUCAGUGUUAAAAACCUAUAAGAAUCACUGCUUUGAAGUCCACAGAACUCUGGUCAGAAAUAUCUGCUGAUCCAGUGUUGAAAAUAAACUUGUAUCUAUUGAGAAGCCAUGCAGGAUGCAUAUCUCUUGUCUUGUCUCCGACAAAGCUUGUAAGUCAAAAUCCAACGAUAGGGACAAACAUACCUGUCCCUCCCAGCAGUUAUUGGAACGAAAGGUUUCCCUGACGCGUCUCAAGGUUGUCAGGUGUCUGGACAUGUCAAACAGACCCAGGUGUAAACGGACAGAAGAGAAAAUAAGUAUAUCCAUUUAAUACAUUAUUGAUCCUGAGCCUUUAAAAAUAGAAGAGGAUGCCAGAUUUCAGGCAACUGAAGGACAGCCCAUCAGCUUUGAUUGAGUGGAGACGAGGACUUGAGUGUAAGGGCAGCAUACUAAGAUACACAGUGUCACCGACUCACCAUUGUUAAUGUUCAUACUUAGGUAUCUUUGCAGAAGUCUGUUUGAUUUGGCAAUUAACAACAUAUGGCUGUGUAUGUACAGUACUCAAUACACGUGCAAUGGCAGGUCAAGAGAAAUAAUGAAUAAAUAAAAGACUGGGCUUAAACAUCCCCCAAACUUUGCUCUCUCUCCUCUCCUAAUUGUUCUCAGACAUCGUUAGGUCAUCCUCCCUGCUAUGUGAGCCAAUUCUAAAAAGGAGGGAUGUAAUUGAGUUCACUCAUCUGAGCCGAAAGGGAGGGAGAGAGAGGGGGAGGGAGAGAGAGAGAGGAGGAGAAAGUGAGAGGGUGGGGAAGAGAGUGAGGAAGAGAUUGUGAGAGAGAGCGACUGAGAUGAGAGGAAUGGCGAGAGAGAUGAGAGAGAGAGAGGGGAAGAAAGAAAGUGAAGAGAGAGAGAGAGAGAGAAAGCAAGGGAUGAGAGGCGUUUCGUCUGAUCGCACCAUCAGCAUGUAUAUGCGUGAGAGACACAACGUCCUCCAACUGGGCUUCAGCCAUCCUUCUUUUUAUAUCCUCUUUUGCUUCCCUCUCUUUCUCUGAUACUGUCUUAUGUUACCAUAUGCCAACACUCAGCAGAGGUCACCCUCUUUCAGAUUACACCUCCUAUCCAAAUGCAAAGAGACGCUUUUACGAUGGCUGUCUGCUUGAGAGAAACUCAUUAUAAGAUAUGUGCUUUUGGUGGGGGGAGGGGUGGGGUCUACAGUUCGUACGCAAUGUUGUAUAUGUGUGACCGCUCAAUUUCUACCUCUAAUAGAUCUCUAUUUUUAGAUGACACACAGGAUUGUACACUGAGUUUAAAUGUAGGGGAGUUAAAGGUCCAGUGCAAAAGUAUGUGUAAAGGUUCAAAGAAUCCAAGAAUCUAAAAAGGAGAAUAAACAUGGGAAUGAGCUCUCCAGAAGGAGUUAAUGAUGGUAACGUCAAAUCAAAGUAGCAAAAUAGCAUCAGGAGUGAGAUACUAGAUGAUUGUUGUCUGACUUGUAUGAAAAUACUUUAAUUUACUUCCUGAUUGCACAUGAUUAUAUGUUUUUCAUUACAUAAUAUUAAUACCCUGAAACAAAAAAUACCAAUAGAAAACUGACGACAGCAGGUUAAUGAGUUAAUGAUAAAGUCUUUCACAGAGGGUCAGCCUAAACAUUCACUUGUCCACUGUAUGUAGCCCAAGUAAGCAGUGGCCUAAGAUCUAUUUUCAAACACUUUCAUUUGAUACUGUACCAAAAUGCAGUAGCUUGUUGUUCUCUGAGGCGGUGUGUGGAACUGGACACCCUGACUAUUGUCUUUCUCCCUCCUCCCAGUGUAUCCUCUUGGUGGACCCCGGGUCCAUGCUUUCCAUGCUGCCCAUGCCGCUGAGGAAAGGCUUCUCAAGAACCUGUUUGCCCACUACAACAAGCUGUCCCGGCCCGUGGCCAACACCUCCGACGUGGUGCUUGUUCACUUUGGCCUCUCCAUCGCCCAGCUCAUCGACGUGGUUAGCAAACUCAAACAACUCCGAUAUUUCUUCACAUAUUUAGUUGUGGUUGAUAGAUGCACUGGGGCAAAGUCUUUAACUUAAACUUCAGUCAAGGAGACUUGUGACUUAGGUGGAAGUUAGGAUUCACUGUGUUUGGCCACACUGUAGUGCAAGAAAAAAAAAUUAAACAUGACUUCAUCUCUUUUUAGUCUUAUUGAUAAGACCCAGGCUAGACUUGGCUGAGAUAUGGUUGAAGACUGGUUGUGAAACCAUAUGAGUCUAUUGCCAUGUCUCAGGGGCAAGACCCCCCCCCCCCCCCCCCCCCCCCCCCCCCCCCCUAAGAAACUAUGAGAAAGUUAAUGACUCUAGAGAAUGUUAUAAACCUGUUGGAUUUUAAAAGGCAAAUACAAUCAUUGGUCUUCACAGCCUUUUAACUCAUUAAUUCAAAGCUUUAGAUUAAACUUGUGUACCGUGUUUCCUAAGGGGACGGUCCUCACAAUGUUGACACACAAUUAAAAGGCUUAUUCUCUCCACUCGCCUGCUUUGCUGCCUCUAAAAGAGUAAUUUCUGGCUAGAAUUACCAGCCAGAGAUUACCCAAGGGUGUCCUCAUAGUCCUGUUUCAGUCCUCUCAGGCAGCAGGGUGGUUUAUGGGGACAGUGGAUUGGGAAAAAGAUAUCGGUGAGAAGAAGUGACAGCUCAGCUCUGGAGACUAUGUGUGGGACUUGUGAGCAGAGAACACAGCCUGAUUUGUUUUCCCAACAUGCAUGUUACAUUGUGUUGUAUUCACACAUUUGUCUAAUGUUUAUAUGUGUUUCUUUUAUAACUUACUCAUAAAGCAUAUGGCUUUCUUGGGACAAAUAGGACAUAGGCGUUUAGGGACCAAAAAGCUGCUCAUUAGAAAUUCAACGAGCAACAUGCAUGGGCUUCGAUGAAGUUAUCACUUGUGGGUAGCAUAUUGUUUGGGUUUUCAAAAUGCUUUACAGGGCUGUAUUAUCAUACAUUCUUCACCUCUAUGCAUACUUUAACUAAAAUGUUCAUCUUGGAACAUCUUGAUAAGGAUUUUGAAAGGAGGGAAAGGGGAUACCUUGUCAGUUGCACAACUGAAUGCAUUCAACCGAAAUGUGUCUUCCGCAUUUAAAGGUUCAAUAUGCAGAAAUCGCUCCGUCAUUUCCUGGUUGCUCAAAUUCUACUAGUUUGCCUAAUUUCAGUUGAUCAUUGUACCAUCUAAACCGCUGUGAAAUAUCUUCUCAAUAAUAUGUAUUUUCAGCUUACUUGAAGCGGUGUACAAAACCGAAAGUAAAAGACACAAAAAUGAAACUUAAGAACGGUAAGAAUAGAAAUAGUGCACAUAGAACAGAUCUACCGCUUCUUAGACUUGCUUUCAAUGAGAAUAACAGAUCUACAACUCAGAUUUCUAUGUGAAUUUGGUCGGGACGCCCAAUGAAUUACAUAUUGCAGCUUUAACACAAAGAGAGGUGCGGGGGGCCUGCCUUAAUCAAGGUCCACAUCAUAGGCGCCCAGGGAGCAGUUGUUUUGGGGACUAACUGCCUUGCUCAAGGGCCAAACGGCCUUUCAGUUACUGUUCCAACGCUCUAACCGCUAGGCUACCUCCCGCCCCAAAGUUAGCAUUAAUAUGUUAAUUUGAGGCAAAACAGCACAAUCUCCAUGAAUAUUUGUGUGACCUUAUGUCUCUAUAGAGUAGGAAGAUGUUUUUGGAAGAAAGAAUUGUAUAUACACAGUACCAGUCAAAAGUUUGGACACACCGAUUCAUUCAAGGGUUUUUCUUUAUUUUUUUAAAAUGUCUACCUUGUAGAAUAGUAGUGAAGACAUCAAAACUAUGAAAUAACACAUAUGGAAUCAUGAAGUAAUCAAAAAAGUGUUACAAAAAUCAAAAUAUAUUUUAUAUUUUAGAUUCUUCAAAGUAGCCAUCCUUUGCCUUGAUGACAGCUUUGCACAGUCUUGGCAUUCUCUCAACCAGCUUCACCUGGAACACUUUUCCAAACGUCUUGAAGAAGUUCCCACAUAUGCUGAGCACUUGUUGGCUGCUUUGCCUUCACUCUGCGGUCCGACUCAUCCCAAACCAUCUCAAUUUGGUUGAGGUCGGGGGAUUGUGGAGGCCAGGUCAUCUGAUGCAGUACUCCAUCACUCUCCUUCUUGGUAAAAUAGCCCUUACACAGCCUGGAGGUGUGUUAGGUCAUUGUCCUGUUGAAAAACAAAUGAUAGUCCCACUAAACCCAAACCAGAUGGGAUGGCGUAUCGCUGCAGAAUGCUGUGGUAGCUAUGCUGGUUAAGUGUGAAUUCUAAAUAAAUCACAGACAGUGUCACCAGCAAAACACCCCCACACCAUAACACCUCCUCCUCCAUGCUUUACGGUGGGAAAUACACAUGCAGAGAUCAUCCGUUCAACCACACCGCAUCUCACAAAGACACGGCGGUUGGAACCAAAAAUCUCCAAUUUGGACUCCAGACCAAAGGACAAAUGUCCAAAGGUCUAAUGUCCAUUGCUCGUGUUUCUUGGCCCAAGCAAGUCUCUUCUUUUUAUUGUUGUCCUUUAGUAGUGGUUUCUUUGCAGCAAUUCGACCAUGAAGGCCUGAUUCACACAGUCUCCUCUGAACAGUUGAUGAUUACAUGUGUCUGUUACUUGAACUCUUUGAAGCAUUUAUUUGGGCUGCAAUUUCUGAGGCUGGUAACUCUAAUGAACUUAUCCUCUGCAGCAGAGGUAACUCUGGGUCUUCCAUUCCUGUGGCGGUCCUCAUGAGAGCCAGUUUCAUCAUAGCGCUUGAUGGUUUUUGCGACUGCACUUGAAGAAACUUUCAAAGUUAUUGAAAUGAUCCGUAUUAACCAACCUUCAUGUCUUAAAGUAAUGAUGGACUGUCAUUUCUCUUUGCUUAUUUGAGCUGUUCUUGCCAUAAUAUGGACUUGGUCUUUUACCAAAUAGGGCUAUCUUCUGUAUACCCCCCUACCUUGUCACAACACAACUGAUUGGCUCAAACGCAUUAAGAACGAAAGAAAUUCCACAAAUUAACUUUUAAGAAGGCACACCUGUUAAUUGAAAUGCAUUCCAGGUGACUAAAUCAAAUCAAAUCAAAUGUUCUUUGUCACAUGCGCCGAAUACAACAGGUGAAAUGCUUACUUACAAGCCCUUAACCAACAAUGCAGUUUUAAGAAAGAAUACCAAAAAAAUACCAAAAAAACAUUAAAUAAAAAAAUUAUAAGGAAUAAAAGUAACUAAAAAUUAAAGAGCAACAGUAAAAUAACAAUAGCGAGGCUAUAUACAGGGGGUACCGGUACCGAGUCAAUCUGCGGGAGCACCGGUUAGUCGAGGUAAUUGAGGUAAUAUGUACAUGUAUGUAGAUAAUAAACAAAGAGUAGCAGCAGCGUAAAAAGGGGGGGGGGGGGGGGGGGCAAAUAUUCUGGGUAGCCAUUUUAUUAGAUGUUCAGGAGUUUUAUGGCUUGGGGGUAGAAGCUGUUUAGAAGCCUCUUGGACCUAGACUUGGCACUCCGGUACCGCUUGCUGUGUUGUAGCAGAGAGAACAGUCUAUGACUAGGGUGGCUGGAGUCUUUGACAAUUUUUAGGGCCUUCCUCUGACACCGCCUGGUAUAGAUGUCCUGGAUUGCAGGAAGCUUGGCCCCUGUGAUGUACUGGGCCGUAUGCACUACCCUCCACUACAGCCCCGUCGAUGAGAAUGGAGGCGUGCUCGGUCCUCUUCUUUUUCCUGUAGUCCACAAUCAUCUUCUUUGUCUUGAUCACAUUGAGGGAGAGAUUGUUGUCCUGGCACCAUUUUUUAAAAACAUGUUUUAGUCAUUUAGCAGACGCUCUUAUCCAGAGCAACUUACAGUUAGUGAAUACAUAUUUUAAUUUUUUUAUACUGGCCCCCCGUGGGAAUCAAACCCACAACCCUGGCGUUGCAAACGCCAUGCUCUAUCAACUGAGCUACAUCCCUGCCGGCCAUUCCCUCCCCUACCCUGGACGACGCUGGGCCAAUUGUGCGCCGCCCAUGAGUCUACCGGUCGCGGCCGGCUGCGACAGAGCCUGGAUUCGAACCAGGAUCUCUAGUGGCACAGUUAGCACUGCGAUGCAGUGCCUUAGACCACACGGCCAGGUCUCUGACCUCCUACCAUUGUUGUGUCAUCGGCAAACUUAAUGAUGGUGUUGGAGUCGUGCCUGGCCAUGCAGUCAUGAGUGAACAGGGAGUACAGGAGGGGACUGAGCACGCACCCCUGAGGGGCCCCCGUGUUGAGGGUCAGCGUGGCGGAUGUGUUGUUACCUACCCUUACCACCUGGGGGCAGCCCGUCUGGAAGUCCAGGAUCCAGUUGCAGAGGGAGGUGUUUAGUCCCAGGGUCCUUAGCUUAGUGAUGAGCUUUGAGGGCACUGAUCUGUAGUCAAUGAAAAUCAUUCUCACAUAGGUGUUCCUUUUGUUCAGGUGUGAAAGGACAGUGUGGAGCACAAUAGAGAUUGCAUAAUCUGUGGAUCUGUUGGGGCGGUAUGCAAAUUGGAGUGGGUCUAGGGUUUCUGGGAUAAUGGUGUUGAUGUGAGCUAUGACCAGCCUUUCAAAGCACUUCAUGGCUACAGACGUCAGUGCUACAGGUCGGUAGUCAUUUAGGCAGGUUACCUUUGUGUUCUUGGGCACAGGGACUAUGGUGGUCUGCUUGAAACACGUUGGUAUUACAGACAGGGAGAGGUUGAAAAUGACAGUGAAGACACUUGCCAGUUGGUCAGCGCAUGCUCGGAGUACACAUCCUGGUAAUCCGUUUGGCCUUGCGGCCUUGAGAAUGUUGACCUGUUUAAAGGUCUUACUCACAUCGGCUACGGAGAGCGUGAUCACACAGUCGUCCGGAACAGCUGAUGCUCUCAUGUAUGUUUCAGUGUUACUUGCCUCGAAGUGAGCAUAGAAGUAAUUUAGCUUGUCUGGUAGGCUUGUGUCACUGGGCAGCUUGCGGUUGUACUUCCCUUUGUAGUCUGUAAUAGUUUGCAAGCCCUGCCACAUCCGACGAGCGUCGGAACCGGUGUAGUAUGAUUCGAUCUUAGUCCUGUAUAGACGCUUUUCCUGUUUGAUGGUUCGUCGGAGGGCAUAGCGGGAUUUCUUAAAAGCUUCCGGGUUAGAGUCCCGCUCCAUGAAAGCGGCAGCUCUACCCUUUAGCUCAGUGCGGAUGUUGCCUGUAAUCCAUGGCUUCUGGUUGGGGUAUGUACAUACAGUCACCGUGGGGAUGACGUUAUCGAUGCACUUAUUGAUGAAGCCAGUGACUGAUGUGGUGUACUCCUCAAUGCCAUCGGAAGAAUCCCGGAACAUAUUCCAGUCUGUGCUAGCAAAACAGUCCUGUAGCAUAGCAUCUGCUUCAUCUGACCACUUUUUUAUUGACAGAGUCACUGGUGCUUCCUGCUUUAGUUUUUGCUUGUAAGCAGGAAUCAGGAGGAUAGAAUGAUGGUCAGAUUUGCCAAAUGGAGGGUGAGGGAGAGCUUUGUACGUGUCUUUGUGUGUGGAGUAAAGGUGGUCUAGAGUUUUUUCCCUCUGGUUGCACAUUUAACAUGCUGGUAGAAAUGAGGUGAAACGGAUUUAAGUUUCCCUGCAUUAAAGUCCCCGGCCACUAGGAGCGCCACCUCUGGAUGAGUGUUUUCCUGUUUGCUUAUGGCCGUAUACAGUUCAUUGAGUACGGUCUUAGUGCCAGCAUCGGUUUGUGGUGGUAAAUAGACAGCUACGAAGAACAUAGAUGAAAACUAUCUUGGUAGAUAGUGUGGUCUACAGCUUAUCAUGAGAUACUCUACCACAGGCGAGCAAAACCUAGAGACUUCCUUAGAUAUCGUGCACCAGCUCUUGUUUACAAAUAUACAUAGACCGCCACCCCUUGUCUUACCAGAGGCUGCUGUUCUGUCCUGCCGAUACAGUGUAUAACCCGCCAGCUGAAUGUUAUUCAUGUCAUCGUUCAGCCACGACUCUGUGAAACAUAAGAUAUUACAGUUUUUAAUGUCCCGUUGGUAGGAUAUACGUGCUUGUAGUUUGUCCACUUUAUUAUCAAGUGAUUGUACGUUGGCCAAUAGUAUCGAUGGCAAAGGCAGAUUACCCACUCGUCACCGGCUCCUUACCAGGCACCCCGAUCUCCUUCCGCGAUAUCUCCUUUUCUCUCUAAUGCGAAUGACGGGGAUGAGGGCCCUGUCGGGUGUCUGGAGCAAAUCCCUCUCGUCCGACUCAUUAAAGAAAAAGUAUUUGUCCAGUUCAAGGUGAGUAAUCGCUGUUCUGAUGCCCAGAAGCUCUUUUCGGUCAUAAGAGACGGUAGCAGGAACAUUAUGUACAAAAUAAGUUACAAACAAUGCGAAAAAACUAACAAAAUAGCACGGUUGGUUAAGAGUCCAUAAAACGGCAGCCAUCCCCUCUGGUGCCACACACACACAGAGUACCUCAUGAAGCUGGUUGAGAGAAUGCCAAGAGUGUGCAAAGCUGUCAUCAAGGCAAAAGGUGGCUAUUUGAAGAAUCUCAAAUAUAAAAUAUAUUUUGAUUUGUUUAACACUUUUUUGGUUACUACAUGAUUCCAUAUGUGUUAUUUCAUAGUUUUGAUUUCUUCACUAUUAUUCUAUAAUGUAUAAAAUAGUAAAAAUAAAGAAAAACCCUUGAAUGAGUAGGUGUGUCCAAACUUUUGACUGGUAGUGUAUACAGUGGGGAAAAAAAGUAUUUAGUCAGCCACCAAUUGUGCAAGUUCUCCCACUUAAAAAGAUGAGAGAGGCCUGUAAUUUUCAUCAUAGGUACACAUCAACUAUGACAGACAAAAUGAGAAAAGAAAAUCCAGAAAAUCACAUUGUAGGAUUUUUAAUGAAUUUAUUGGCAAAUGAUGGUGGAAAAUAAGUAUUUGGUCAAUAACAAAAGUUUCUCAAUACUUUGUUAUAUACCCUUUGUUGGAAAUGACACAGGUCAAACAUUUUCUGUAACUCUUCACAAGGUUUUCACACACUGUUGCUGGUAUUUUGGCCCAUUCCUCCAUGCAGAUCUCCUCUAGAGCAGUGAUGUUUUGGGGCUGUCGCUGGGCAACACAGACUUUCAACUCCCUCCAAAGAUUUUCUAUGGGGUUGAGAUCUGGAGACUGGCUAGGCCACUCCAGGACCUUGAAAUGCUUCUUACGAAGCCACUCCUUCGUUGCCCGGGCGGUGUGUUUGGGAUCAUUGUCAUGCUGAAAGACCCAGCCACGUUUCAUCUUCAAUGCCCUUGCUGAUGGAAGGAGGGUUUCACUCAAAAUCUCACGAUACAUGGCCCCAUUCAUUCUUUCCUUUACACGGAUCAGUCGUCCUGGUCCCUUUGCAAAAAAACAGCCCCAAAGCAUGAUGUUUCCAACCCCAUGCUUCACAGUAGGUAUGGUGUUCUUUGGAUGCAACUCAGCAUUCUUUGUCCUCCAAACAUGACGAGUUGAGUUUUUACCAAAAAGUUAUAUUUUGGUUUCAUCUGACCAUAUGAUAUUCUCCCAAUCCUCUUCUGGAUCAUCCAAAUGCACUUCAGACGGGCCUGGACAUGUACUGGCUUAAGCAGGGGGACACGUCUCGCACUGCAGGAUUUGAGUCCCUGGCGGCGUAGUGUGUUACUGAUGGUUGGCUUUGUUACUUUGGUCCCAGCUCUCUGCAGGUCAUUCACUAGGUCCCCCCGUGUGGUUCUGGGAUUUUUGCUCACCGUUCUUGUGAUCAUUUUGACCCCACGGGGUGAGAUGUUGCGUGGAGCCCCAGAUCGAGGGAGAUUAUCAGUGGUCUUGUAUGUCUUCCAUUUCCUAAUAAUUGCUCCCACAGUUGAUUUCUUCAAACCAAGCUGCUUACCUAUUGCAGAUUCAGUCUUCCCAGCCUGGUGCAGGUCUACAAUUUUGAUUUUGGUGUCCUUUGACAGCUAUUUGGUCUUGGCCAUUGUGAAGUUUGGAGUGUGACUGUUUGAGGUUGUGGACAGGUGUCUUUUAUACUGAUAACAAGUUCAAACAGGUGCCAUUAAUACAGGUAACGAGUGGAGGACAGAGGAGCCUCUUAAAGAAGAAGUUACAGGUCUGUGAGAGCCAGAAAUCUUGCUUGUUUGUAGGUGACCAAAUACUUAUUUUCCACCAUAAUUUGCAAAUAAAUUCAUUAAAAAUCCUACAAUGGGAUUUUCUGGAUUUUUUUUUCUCAAUUUGUCUGUCAUAGUUGACGUGUACCUAUGAUGAAAAUUACAGGCCUCUCUCAUAUUUUUAAGUGGGAGAACUUGCACAAUUGGUGGCUGACUAAAUACUUUUUUGCCCCACUGUAUAUAUUUUUAUAUUAUAUAUAUAUAUGUUUUACAGUACACCCUUUCUUAACCUUCAACUCCAUCCUUCUUUUUGUGUAAACAGGACGAGAAGAACCAGAUGAUGACGACCAACGUCUGGGUAAAACAAGUACGUUCAAAUCAAAGGCAGAGCUCCAUUGUACAUUAACUGGACCAUAUAAUUAAAUGGAACACUAAUAUAAUAGAAUAUAAUGUAUCUCUAUGAACUAUAAUUCAAUAAUAAUAAUAAUUAGGUGGGUGCUUAUAUAAGUGUGUAUUAAUACGCAUGUGUGAAAUGGAAAUGUAUUUUUUGCAUAUCCCAACUCCCCCUGAGACACCCUCGGAGAGUGUGGUCACGGCAAGGGCAAUUGACAUGCUAGUAUUGCACAUUUACCUUCGACAUAUAUUAUUUGUAAUGUAACCUGCCUGCAUGAAUAGAACAUUGCAUCUCUAUUCCCCACAGGAGUGGAAUGAUUAUAAGCUCCGCUGGAAGCCAGAGGAGUACGAGAACGUCACCUCCAUCCGCAUCCCAUCGGAAAUCAUCUGGAGGCCUGAUAUUGUGCUUUAUAACAAGUAAAGUACUUGUUUUUAGGCAAUCCUUCACUUCAAACAAGCUGCCUAGGGUGUAUCGAAACUAACGGUGUAAUAGUUUGACAGCUGGACAGCAACUCGUUAUGAAAGAUUUGAAUACUGAUUGAUGCAUAUUCCGAUUUUCUGGAGAAUCCUCAUUGGGACCUGCAUGAGUCAGCUACCCCAUCUCAAGGGUCAUUCCAAUACUAAACAUAUGGGGUGAAUUUAGCAGUUAUGCCCUCAGCCCCUCGCUUUUGCCCCCUCAAUUGUUCUCCAGAGUAGACUGAUCCGAUCCCUCACAAUACCCAGCAAUCUCCCCUUCACAUCGUUAACUCAUCAAAUAGCUGUUGCUGAAAUAACAUUUGCAUGUUCGUCACCGUUAUAGAGUGAAACUGAAUGCGUGGACUGAACGAAAAAGGAAAACGAGAACCGGCUUAUGUCUUUUGUCUUAAAUUGACUGCUGUUUUGAUGUGUAGCGGUUGCGGUUGGGGAAAUCCCUUCACAACAAAUGGGAUGACUUUAAGAACAGCUGGAAAUAUGUGCAAGCAUCGAGCCAAAGUCUUUCGUCCUAUGGCCAAUGUCAUUACUUAAUUUGGCUAAGAUAGAUCUGAGAGAGGUCAGUCAAAAUGGGCCUGGUCAUAAACAAUGCAAUACAUUAGGAGGGGAAUUAGGGGACAAAAUGUAAUUGGAUGUGCUUUGGGAGGUCGAAGACAUGCAUCACUUUGACUGAUACCCACUGGUGGACCCAUUUUACAUCCUAUAAAAGGACAGUAAACUGAAAAGGAUAGCUAGACUGGAUUUCUAACCUGCAGCUGGGUUUCCAUAACUGGGCUUGUGGCUAGGUAAACCACACAAAUAUUUGUGAAUGAUUGGGUAUCACAAAGAAACAUCAUUACCUUUUGCAGUCCAUUGCCUCCAGACUUCUAGUUUCAUGAAAUGAACAAAUGAACAUGUGUGGUCUAAUGUUGAAAUAAUCCAAGCAAACAUGGAAGCAUGAGUUCAAAGCGCAGUAGUACAUACAAAUUAAAUUUACUGUUGGUAGCAGGCAGGCAAAAUGCAUUGGGGAAUAUUGCAAACUCAGUACAUGAGUACAUGCAUUUGUAGUUAAAUGGCAGUUGUUCCUCAAAAAUUGUGUUUGAUGAUGUGUUCCUUAUUGUCACUGAACAUGCAGUCAGUGAUAAUACAGUGUUGUAUUGUGUAAAAUUGUUCAAGAAUAACACUGGGUUAGGAUCUGUUAAAUUCUUCACAAAUUAUUUAGUGCUACUAUAAAUCUGGGGACCAAUGCUGACUUAAGAAAUGCAUACAAAGUAAAAACAUGUAAAUCGACCAUAUAGUAUUUGUAGACUAAAUCCUUAAAGUAAUUGCCAUAUUUCCAAUUAUGAUAUUGCAUGAAUAACACAUUUAAGGGGUUGCUACUUCACUAAUGUAUUUCCUCUGUAGCGCUGAUGGUGACUUCGCGGUGACCCACCUGACCAAGGCCCACCUGUUCUACGACGGGCGCAUCAAGUGGAUGCCGCCGGCCAUCUACAAGUCCUCUUGCAGCAUCGACGUCACCUUCUUCCCCUUCGACCAGCAGAACUGCAAGAUGAAGUUUGGCUCGUGGACUUACGACCGUGCCAAGAUCGACUUGAUCAGUAUAGCCAGUGACGUGGACCAGAUGGACUACUGGGAGAGCGGCGAGUGGGUGAUCAUCAACGCCGUGGGCAAGUACAACACCAAGAAGUACGAGUGCUGCACAGAGAUCUACCCCGACAUCACCUAUUACUUCAUCAUCCGCAGGCUGCCGCUUUUCUACACCAUCAACCUGAUUAUACCAUGUUUGUUGAUCUCCUGUCUGACUGUCUUGGUGUUCUAUCUGCCCUCCCAGUGUGGCGAGAAGAUCACCCUGUGUAUCUCUGUGUUGCUGUCUCUCACCGUCUUCCUCUUGCUCAUUACUGAGAUCAUCCCGUCCACCUCGUUGGUCAUCCCGCUCAUCGGCGAGUACCUCCUCUUCACAAUGAUCUUCGUCACCCUCUCAAUCAUCAUCACCGUCUUUGUGCUCAAUGUGCACCAUCGCUCGCCGCGCACCCACGGCAUGCCUCAAUGGGUGCGGCGGGUCUUCCUGGACCUGGUGCCUCGUGUGCUUUUCAUGAAGCGGCCACCGGCCACCGCCAAGCAGAACUGCCGGAAGCUGAUUGAGAUGAUGCACCAGACCAGCUCCUCGACAGCAGCCGGUCAGUCGCAGUCUUUCUGGGCCGGGGUGGAGACGGGGCUAGGACAGCUAGGACACACACUGCCUGCCACCCACUCUGACAGCUCCAACAUCCUGGCCCUUUCCCCUUCGCCCUCCCCCUCUCCUCCCCAGGGCCUGCCCUUGGAGGAGCACCCCCUCAAGGCUCCCCAGCCCUUCUGCCGCUCUCCUUCCAGCCAGUACUCCAUCCUCUUGGAGGAGCCUGGCAAGCUCGGGAACACCGCCUCCCCUUUGUCCUGCUCAACCCACUCCUCCACCCCGUCCUCCUCCUCCCCCCCGUCUCUGCUGCUGGGUCCCCUGGGUCCAGUCCACUCUCUGCCCCGGGACGAGCAGCGAAUACUCUCCCCACACGGGCGGAGCCACAGUGUAGAAAACGUGUUUGACCAGAGGGAGCCUAACCGGGAGCCCCCCCAGAGGGCCGGGCACUGCUGCCGCUCCCACAGCUUCCAAUACUGCUGCCUGCACGAAGAAGGGGGUGGGGUUGCUGGUGGUGGCAAGGGCCGAGGGGCUGUAGGUGAAGGAAGGCUAAAGAGACAGGUCCUGCUAGACCAACUAGCUAGAGCCUCCUCCACAGAGCCCACCAUGGGUCUAGUGAUCCGGGAAACCAUGGUCCCCAGAAUAUCCCCGUCGAUGAGAAGGGCCAUAGAGGGCGUGCAGUACAUUGCUGACCACCUCAGGGCAGAGGACGCUGACUUCUCAGUGAGUUUGUUGACAUUACCUUUUCUGUCAGAGCACCUUAAUUUCCAUAUGAACCAUGAAUGGUUUGUAUAACAUUCUCUCAAUGUUGAAAGUAGCAUUGCCUUCUAAGAUCUUAUUGCAAGGUUACCCUAUGACUUGAUAUACUGCAGGGGUCUCCAACAGGUCGAUGCCCACCUAUGAGUAGCUCGCCAAACAAUUCUGAAAAUAAAUGCAAUCUUCACGCUUUCUAUUGCAAAGUGUCAUAAACAAAUCUCACACGUCUCAGACACCGCAAGCUCCCAGCUACUAUCAAAUCAACGCAACAUUGACAUUAUCUCACCCCUGGUUAGCCACUAUUGGCUUAAAAAGACAAACCUAACACAAUAUCUGCCAAUCAAUUUUUAGCAAUAUUGCCCGUCUGUCUGUGUGGUGCGCGCGUUUGUGAGAACCGUCUUGUGGGUUGACAGAAAUACUUUCCCCAAAACCUUCUCAAUUAAAUGUUAACUGCAGAGUACACUUACCUGGCAGAAGUAUUUAUGAGUAAGUACAUCAUUAGUCUCUAUUAUUUGUUAUUUGCUAACUUUGCCAUGAACUGAGCAGCAGCAGUACAGAACCACCCCUAGACCGGCACAUUAGACGGCACAUUCCUCACAGAUUUGAUGCACAAUUAAAAGGGAAAUCACACUCGAAAAUAUAUUUGUUCGUUUUCUUCCAGACCUAAAAAAAAAAUGGUAUUCUUAUGUGAUUUAAGCAUUGACAUGGAGUCAGAACAUCCAAUGUCGUUGUUUCUCUAUGAACAAUUGUAAUGUUGAGAGUAAAAAUAAUAAUAAUUUAAAUCAGAAAAAAUUAAACUGAGAAAACGUCAUUUGGGAAUAUAUAAGACAGCAUUUUUGGGGGAAAUCACAGAUUUUAUAGGGCCCCCCUUAGAGUUCUUUAUUAACCAUUAUUUUACCAGGUAUAUUGACAGAAAACACAACUUUCUCUUGUACAAGCAAAGAGUUGCAAGGGAGACGAGAAGAGAAGAAUGUGCCUAUUUGAAAGGUAGAACAAAAUGAGUAGCUCGCGACGCGUUUCAUUUAUUAAAAGUAGCUCUAAUGCUAGAAAAGGUUGGAGACCCCUGAUAUUCUGUAUAUUGUAUUCAUGAUCCAUUUGAAAAGAUUAGGCAAAAUCAAGGUUUAGCUCUGCGGUAUUCUGAAAAAUGACAUUUAAGACUUUUCUCACUACCUUGCCAAAUCCAUUCCUUCAUAUUUAAUGGAUGGCCGCUCACCUAAAUUUGACAAUACAAGCCUUUCCAGGUGUCCUUGAGACAAAGUUCCUGUGUUGUAUUUUGAAGCACAACAGGGUUGUGGUAUUGCGAGCAGAAAACCAAUAGGCAGCAAAUCACUUUGAAGUCCUUGGUAAAUAUAUAUCGAUAGCUGAGAGUCAUAGGCAAACAGGUGUGACACAGACAAGCUUAGAUUAACAAUCGAGGAUGAUUUCUACUGUGAAGAGAAGCUGCUGAAUAAACAGGCCAGGGAAAUUCCCAGGCAAAAAUUGGUGGUCUCUGCAAAAGCUAGAGGUUUCUGAAAUGGGGAUGCACAAUGUAGCUAAAGUUUACGGCUAGGAGCUCUAGCCAGUGUAUACUUAUCUUUGAAACAAAUAAGGCUUUACAAUGUUGCCCUGAAUAUUUCAUAAGCAAGCUGGGAAUGACUGACAUUUAAGGUAAUGAAAAAAAUCUUCCAUUCGCAAGAAAUCAAUCAAGGGCAGAAAUUGACAGCCUGUAAAAUGUUUGUGCAGUGUGGUGUGGAUAUUCAAAAUGACCAUCUCUUCUCUUUUCUUCUUCUCCACCAGGUAAAGGAGGACUGGAAGUAUGUGGCCAUGGUCAUUGACAGGAUAUUUCUCUGGAUGUUUGUACUAGUGUGUAUACUGGGAACACUGGGACUAUUCCUUCCUCCUUGGCUGGCUGGAAUGAUCUAG